CACUAUUUAAUUCCACUUUCGGGCGAGGACAUUUGAUGAAUGUUUGUACCAAGUUACCCUUCGAUGGCAACUUCUGAAGCUAGAAAGGGCAGACAGAGGAAAGACUAGAGCAGUCCAAAACAAUCCGCAGAAAGUGAAGAAAGCUGGAAGCUUCUCCGACAGGUAGAGGCUGGUCACAGCUUUCAAAUCUGCCCAGCCAGCCCGCCUGGGCGUCACAAAACCCGCCUCUAACGACAAAGCCACGCCCCCAAGCUGGCUGUUCCCUGUGCUCCGCUCUUCUCGGACUCCACCCACUUCGGCCAGAAACACUUCCGGGGUUGUUGGCUCCUGAUUGGUCCAGAAGCCGGAAGUGAGGGCGGGCGGUGGUGCCGUUGCCGCAGUGACAGUACCGGGGGAGUGGGAAGAUGGCGGCGUCGCGUCGCUCUCAGCAUCAUCACCACCAUCAUCAACAACAGCUCCAGCCCGCCCCAGGGGCUUCGGCUCCGCCACCGCCACCUCCCCCGCCGCUCAGCCCGGGCCUGGCCCCGGGACCCACCCCAGCCUCGCCCACGGCCGGUGGCCUGGCGCCCUUCGCCUCCCCGCGGCACGGCCUGGCGCUGCCGGAGGGGGAUGGCAGCCGGGACCCGCCCGACAGGCCGCGAUCUCCGGACCCGGUGGACGGCGCCGUCUGCGCGGUGGCAGCUACGGCCGCGGUCCCGGCAGCUUCCGCCGCCGUCGGGGUCGCUCCCAGCCCAGCCGGCGGAGGCGGUAACAACUCCGCGUCGUCCACUUCUUCCCCGACUUCUUCUUCGUCUUCCUCCCCGUCCUCUCCAGGCUCGAGCUUAGCGGAGAGUCCCGAGGUGGCCGGGGUUGGCUCCACAGCAACUUUGGGACCCGGGGCGGCGGGCCUCGGCCCGGGGGUCCCAGCCGUGAGUGGGGCCCUGCGGGAGCUGCUGGAGGCCUGUCGAAAUGGGGACGUGUCCCGGGUGAAGAGGUUGGUGGACGCAGCGAACGUGAACGCGAAGGACAUGGCCGGACGCAAGUCUUCUCCCCUGCACUUCGCAGCAGGUUUUGGAAGGAAGGAUGUUGUAGAACACUUGCUGCAGAUGGGUGCUAACGUCCACGCUCGUGAUGAUGGGGGUCUCAUCCCACUUCACAAUGCCUGUUCUUUCGGCCAUGCUGAGGUUGUUAGUCUGUUACUGUGCCAAGGAGCGGAUCCGAAUGCCAGAGAUAACUGGAACUAUACACCCCUGCAUGAAGCUGCCAUUAAAGGGAAAAUUGAUGUCUGUAUUGUGCUGCUGCAGCACGGAGCGGAUCCAAACAUUCGGAACACUGAUGGGAAAUCAGCUCUGGACCUGGCAGAUCCUUCAGCAAAAGCUGUCCUCACAGGUGAAUACAAAAAAGACGAACUCCUGGAAGCUGCUAGGAGUGGUAAUGAAGAAAAACUAAUGGCUUUACUGACUCCUCUCAAUGUGAAUUGCCAUGCAAGUGAUGGGCGGAAGUCUACUCCAUUACACCUGGCAGCAGGCUACAACAGAGUUCGGAUAGUUCAGCUGCUUCUGCAGCACGGUGCUGACGUUCACGCGAAAGACAAAGGCGGACUUGUACCUCUUCAUAAUGCAUGCUCAUAUGGACACUAUGAGGUCACAGAACUGCUGUUAAAGCACGGAGCUUGUGUUAACGCCAUGGAUCUGUGGCAGUUCACGCCACUCCAUGAAGCUGCCUCUAAGAACCGUGUAGAAGUCUGUUCUUUGUUAUUGAGCCAUGGUGCUGACCCCACCUUGGUCAACUGCCAUGGCAAAAGCGCUGUCGAUAUGGCUCCAACCCCUGAGCUCCGGGAAAGACUGACUUAUGAAUUUAAAGGCCACUCUUUACUACAAGCCGCCAGAGAAGCAGACCUGGCCAAAGUUAAAAAAACUCUUGCUUUGGAAAUUAUUAACUUCAAGCAGCCACAGUCUCACGAAACAGCACUGCACUGUGCUGUGGCCUCCUUGCAUCCCAAACGAAAGCAGGUAGCAGAACUGUUACUUAGGAAAGGAGCCAAUGUCAACGAAAAAAACAAGGAUUUCAUGACCCCUUUACAUGUCGCAGCUGAAAGAGCUCACAAUGACGUCAUGGAAGUUCUGCAUAAGCAUGGAGCAAAGAUGAAUGCACUCGACAGCCUUGGUCAGACUGCACUGCACAGAGCCGCCUUAGCGGGCCACCUGCAGACCUGCCGCCUCCUGCUGAGCUACGGCUCUGACCCCUCCAUCAUCUCCCUGCAAGGCUUCACAGCAGCGCAGAUGGGGAACGAAGCUGUGCAGCAGAUUCUGAGUGAGAGCACUCCUAUCCGAACUUCCGAUGUGGACUAUCGACUCUUGGAAGCAUCGAAAGCUGGUGACUUAGAAACUGUGAAGCAACUGUGCAGCCCACAGAAUGUAAACUGCAGAGAUCUGGAGGGCCGACAUUCCACGCCUUUACACUUCGCUGCAGGCUAUAACAGGGUGUCUGUUGUGGAGUACCUUCUGCACCAUGGAGCUGACGUCCACGCCAAAGACAAAGGCGGCUUGGUUCCCCUUCAUAACGCCUGCUCCUAUGGACACUACGAGGUAGCUGAGCUCUUGGUGAGGCAUGGGGCCUCUGUCAACGUGGCAGACUUGUGGAAAUUUACUCCUCUCCAUGAAGCGGCAGCCAAGGGAAAAUACGAAAUCUGCAAGCUCCUUCUAAAACAUGGAGCAGAUCCAACUAAGAAGAACAGAGAUGGAAAUACACCUCUAGAUCUGGUCAAAGAAGGAGACACAGAUAUUCAGGACCUACUGAGGGGGGAUGCUGCCCUCUUAGAUGCUGCCAAGAAGGGCUGCCUGGCCAGAGUGCAGAAGCUUUGUACUCCAGAGAAUAUCAACUGCAGGGACACCCAGGGCAGAAACUCAACUCCUCUCCACCUGGCAGCAGGCUACAAUAACCUGGAAGUAGCUGAAUACCUUCUGGAGCAUGGCGCGGAUGUUAAUGCCCAGGACAAAGGAGGCUUGAUUCCACUCCACAAUGCAGCAUCUUAUGGGCAUGUUGACAUAGCAGCAUUACUGAUAAAAUACAACACAUGUGUAAAUGCAACGGAUAAGUGGGCCUUUACUCCCCUUCAUGAAGCAGCCCAGAAAGGAAGGACACAGUUAUGUGCCCUACUCCUAGCACAUGGCGCAGACCCAACCAUGAAGAACCAAGAAGGUCAGACACCUUUAGAUCUGGCAACGGCUGAUGAUAUCCGAGCUUUGCUGAUAGAUGCCAUGCCCCCGGAGGCCUUACCUACCUGUUUUAAACCUCAGGCGACUGUAGUUAGUGCCUCUCUGAUCUCGCCAGUGUCCACCCCCUCCUGCCUCUCAGCUGCCAGCAGCAUAGACAACCUCACUGGCCCCUUAGCAGAGCUGGCUGUAGGAGGGGCCUCCAAUGCAGGGGACGGUGCCGCAGGCGCAGAAAGGAAGGAAGGAGAAGUUGCUGGUCUUGACAUGAAUAUCAGCCAAUUCCUUAAAAGCCUUGGCCUUGAGCACCUUCGGGAUAUCUUUGAAACAGAGCAGAUUACACUAGAUGUGUUGGCUGACAUGGGUCAUGAAGAACUCAAAGAAAUAGGCAUCAACGCAUAUGGACACCGCCACAAGUUAAUCAAGGGCGUGGAAAGACUUUUAGGUGGACAACAAGGAACCAAUCCGUAUUUGACUUUUCACUGUGUGAAUCAGGGAACUAUUUUGCUAGAUCUUGCUCCAGAAGAUAAAGAAUAUCAGUCAGUAGAAGAGGAGAUGCAGAGUACUAUUCGAGAACACAGAGAUGGUGGCAAUGCUGGUGGCAUCUUCAACAGAUACAAUGUCAUUCGAAUUCAGAAAGUUGUGAAUAAGAAGCUGAGGGAGCGAUUCUGUCACAGACAAAAGGAAGUGUCUGAGGAGAAUCACAACCAUCACAAUGAACGCAUGCUGUUCCACGGUUCUCCCUUUAUUAAUGCAAUUAUUCAUAAAGGGUUUGAUGAGCGACAUGCAUACAUUGGAGGGAUGUUUGGAGCUGGAAUUUACUUUGCUGAAAACUCUUCAAAAAGCAACCAGUAUGUUUAUGGAAUUGGAGGAGGAACAGGCUGUCCCACACACAAAGACAGGUCAUGUUAUAUAUGUCACAGACAAAUGCUUUUCUGUAGAGUGACUCUUGGCAAGUCCUUUCUGCAGUUCAGCACCAUGAAAAUGGCCCAUGCGCCUCCAGGACACCACUCCGUUAUUGGUAGACCAAGUGUCAAUGGGCUGGCGUAUGCUGAAUAUGUCAUCUACAGAGGAGAACAGGCAUAUCCGGAAUAUCUCAUCACCUACCAGAUCAUGAAGCCGGAAGCCCCUUCACAGACCGCGACGGCCGCAGAGCAGAAGACCUAGUGAUUGCCCCGGCUAAAGGCCAGAGUGCUUCAGACCUGCGACUGGAUUACAGUGGAUUGCUUCCAACAAAAAAACCAAUUCUCUAAACCCCAGCAGCCAAGAAAUGAGCUGUUUGUCUUUCAUAAAGCGUUGCUAGAGUGAUGAUGCGGCGUGAGUGACUGAGCACGCUGCCACGGCUCCAUCUGAGGAAAUGUUCACUGCGGCCUUGACAGGUCUCGGGCUCAUUUUCAUGGCAGUUACCCAUUUGUAAAGCAAGACGCUUUGCUCGAGAUGUAGAAACGGGAAAAGAGAAUAUGCCGGCGAACAUGUUCUUGGCUCACACACUACAUUGUCUUUGUUGUGUUUGGCACAUUUAUAGCAGAUAGACACUUGUGAUGGGCUCAUUUUUAAUUUUGCCAAACAUACAUUGUUGUUGUUUGUUGUUGUUGUUGAUGUUACUUUGAAAAUGAGCCAGAGUCUUCCUGGGAUCUUUUGCACAGAGUCACACUGACUAAAACCAUUAGCAAUGCAACCAGAACUUCUGGCCGAGCAAGACACUGUUCCCACGUCCCUGUUGUUAAGUUUUGUAUCUCUGUGCUUCUUGUGAACAUAAAGGAAAAGCAUCAAGAUUUACUUUCCUUUCAUGAACUGGCACAUCUUAAAAGGCAGGGUACUGUUUCUCUUUGGCCUAGAAAGUCAGAGCCUGAUGUGCCAUUUUCUCUUUGUAGUCUGCAGGGUUCGCAGGAGCAUGCUACAGAUGCCAAAAGAGCGCUGCCAUCCGAGUUCUACGGCAGUUGUGGCUUCUCUUUCCUGGUGAAAUGACCAGAGAGCUGGGAGGGAGGACCCCAGUAAGGAGGAGGGGGAGUGGAUGUCUCAGUAAAUACUUCAUUAUCUGGACCGCCAGAAUCGCCACCCCUGGUGUUACCCUUCACUUCCAGAGUCACAGACCUGUUGCACUUCGGUAGAGUCCCCAACAGCUUACUCUCCUCUCUCCUUAGUUUAGAAAGCCAGGACUCAAGCCCUAAGUAGUACAUGUGCACAGAUGCAGGACUUCUGUUUACUCCAGAUUUGGCCUUUCUUUUGAGUAGUAUGUUUCAAGUAGUGUAAGAAGAUCCCUUAUUUCAAAUUUUAAACCAUUUCUUCAAAGUGCUUAAUAUAUUUAGACAAGGAAAACAAAAAUUGAAACCAAAGGCUCUUUGACUUAUUUUUUUAAGUGCCACUGAUAGAAACGGUUUCCUUGUGAAAGUACAGCUUGUUGUGAGGACAUUCGCCAAGUGCACAGGACGCUGAGCAGAGCCACAUCUCCUCCUGUUGCUCUGCGGACCCUAACUGAAGGCUGAGUUGAGUGCAUGACUUUAUGUAGAUUCAUGCUGUACAUCUGUCUACUCACCUGUGAGCAAAAGUCGUAAACAUAGAGGGAAAACAGUGUGACAUACCUAAUCAUUUCACCGGAAGUCCUGAAAACAUUUUUAACCCUUUUAAAAACGCAUAUUAAACUGUGACCACCCUCAUUUCCCUGGCUCUCGAAAUACACAUUUCUCUCUUCUUUUUAUUUAUUUAAUUUUUGUUAGCUUGAGCCCAAUGCUAGAACUAGGCAUCCAGUCUAGUGUGAAUUUUAUAGGUAUAUCUUGCAUGGGUUCCUCAAAAUUAAACCAAGAAUUUGCCUCAGUUUUCAAUUCUGCUGGAGUUUCAGUGGCCUGAGCUGGGUACUUGUGUUUUUGCCUGCGUGUUUAACAGUGACUAGAGUUCCAUACAAAGCUUCAAAAUUUGAUGUUGGCUCAAAGAGCUUUUCUUUUUCCUCUUUCCUUUUUUCCUCUUCCUCUCUGUUAACAAAGGGUUGAAAUUGCCAUCUGUGGAGUUUUAGUAGCUGUAAUGUCUAUGUUAUUUGGCCCCGCUUGAAUUAGUUUAAAGUGCUAACCACAGCUGUGACCUCAGUUAAGGAUCAAGGCAGUGUGGUGUGGGUGUGGAAAGCUUUAGAGCUCCUGAAAGAUGAGCCACUGUCAGACUGUGGUUGUGUGCUGUGUCAUCUCCAUCAUCUGAACUAGGUGAAUGUGGGCUUCACCUUGAGAAGUUAGUCUGACUCACUAAAGCACCCGUGCUGUGUCUGAUGUUCUGUGCCGAGCAGACACUGUAUUCGGAAGCCUUCUGCAGUGCUGGUGGCCUCAUGAUGACUCCUGACAGAAUGCACAUACAUGAUCUGUUUAAAAAGAGUGGGUUGGCAGAGCUGAUACUGUUGGAGCUUGAAAACCAGAGGCGAGUGUAUUCAAGUUGGCAAAAAGGUGAUGUCCUUGUAUAGCAAAAUGGAAUAUAAAAGAGCCCUCUAGAGUAUAAAGGCAUGGCCUUCAGCUGCAAUCACUUCAUUUCUGGCUGUGCAUGGUUUAGAACUGCUGACAGGUUUGGGACUCCUCAGCUUCCCAAAAGAACUUCAGAGAGAAGGCUGGUGUCUCUACCCACCUCAACUCCACAGCCUUUUCUAGAGACCUGACGGUGCCAGUUUACCAGGUUUGACCAGCCAGGCACUUAUCUCAGGCACUGUGCUCUUGCGUCUCCCCAGGUGGCUAAUCCAGGGUUAGAAGCAGCUCCUGCACUUGGCCCAGUCGCCUUGCUUCAUUUGGGCUCUCACAUGAGGAAUUCAGGUAUCUGUUACUUUCAUAUCAUAACCAGAACUGGGUUAGUCUUCAUCCACCUUCUGCUCAGAAGAUUCUGUCAGUUUGCUAGCAAAUGGCAGCAUGGCAUCCAGUGUUUUCAUUCUUCGCAAAAUAAUAGCAGCACAACUCCAAGAGGUGACAGUACAUUGACACCAUUAUCUCAUGAAGCAGCCUGGGCUCCUCGGAGCUUUGUGUUGCCGACUCUGCUCAUUUCUCUUUGCUGUCAGCGUAGGGAGGUGCAUUUGGAAUAUAUAGAGAAGGGCCUGAAUAUGGCAAGCAAAGAAGCACACAUUAACGUGUUAUUAUCCUAGAUAUUAUUACAAACAAUAACAUUCUGGCCAAUGCUAUCAAACAGCUUUAGACUGCAGUCAAUUGUCUACGUUUUCCUCUAUUUCCGUAUUCUCCCAGUUGCAUGAAGGGUGAUUAGACAUUGUCCCACUCCCCUUUUAAACAUUUGUUGUUUGGGUUCCUAUAAACGGCCUUGUAAACAAAAAUGCUGUGUAUUUUUAAGCACAUCUCCUCCUCAUCCUGGCUCCCCACCAUGUACCCAGACCUUGAUUGUGUGGCAGCCUUCUUACUGUGUUUUCCUUUGGGCUGAUCAUCUUGCAUAGAGCUACAGACUGUAGAGUCACUCAGCAAAUACUCAAAAAUGACAUUAAGAUGGGUUUUCAUGUAUCAUAAAGUUAAAGACUGAUGUUUGACAUUAAAGCAGUGAAAAAGAAAUGAGAAAUUGUGGAAUUAAUAUUUGAACUAUUACUAGCUACAUCUAGCACAUGAAAAAGAUUUAAGAAAUACCAGCCUAGCUAGACGUUACACCUUCAAUCCCAGCACUGAGAGGCAAAGGCAGGUGGAUCUCUGUUCAAGGCCAUUAUGGUCUACAGAGUUAGUCCAGGACAGCCAGGGCACACAGAGAAACCCUGUCUUGCAAAAACGAAAACAAACAAACAAAAACCACCAUAAAAAGUGAGGCCUCUUCAGCCAGCGUAUGUGUUCUACAGUUAAUGGACAAUUGCAUUUUUCUUGCUAAGAAAGCCUUAUCUAUGGCAGAAACUUUUUAAACCUUUUUUUAUUCCAGCAGUGAAACAUGAAUUCAUUUGUUAGUAUUUGAAGUGUAUCAGUGAGUGGGCAUGUCUGUUUCAUACCUGGUAAGUGUGUUUUAUGGGGGUGUAUUUUAUAAGUAAUCCUGUCACACACUGUGGAGCUGCUGGAACCACUCAGUUCCAGUGUCUCCCAUGUAAAGUUCUUCAGCCUCCAGAUCUUCUGAUUUGAAGGAGGCUUUCCAAACCUGUGAACUUGGGUGGGGGAUUCACAGUAUGUGAUACCAUGUAGAGUUUGAGUGGUAUGGAAGUUGUUUUUUAAUAAUUUUACAGUAUAUACUAUGAAUCGUGAAACUUAAAGCCUCUAGGAAGUUGAAGAUUUUAUAUCCUGUAUAAGAUCCAGUAUGGUCAGGGCAUGGCCAGUUUUAUACUUCUACCCAAGUCCUGCAAAAUUGAGAUAGAAGUCACACCAUAGAGAUAGUUUUGACCCUUCAUUCUUUCGCCCUCUCUUCUGCUAUACUCUUCCUCUCUCCUCAACCUUCCACCGCCCUUCAGAGUUGUUUUUUCUCAUCCUCCAGAAUUCUUUUGUUGGUCUCUCCUCAGGUGGCCCUGAAUGCCCUUUUGUUAGCUCAAAUUUGGUAAUGUGACAUCUGAACCUCUCCCAUUGGCCAGCAAGGAAAACUAGAAGAUGCCACAGUAAAAGAAAGGAAGGAACUGAAAUUUUUGAAGUAACAUAGACCUAAAUUAGGGUGACCUUGCUGUAUAAUAAGUGUAUUCACUACACAGAACACUUAACUCCUCGUGUGUGGUAUGUGUCUGUGUGUGCGUGUGUCUAUGUGUGUGCUAAUACCUGCUUCUGCUUCCCUCCCAGUGUUUUAAACUCAUCGUAUCUUCGUGGUAGUAAUAUUUGUCUUUGAUAUCUACAAAACUAAAAAGGUACUUUGACAAGGUCUCUCAAAAACUUACAAAACCAGCUUUGAGGAAAUCUGGACUGUUCCUGGCUUUUGGAGCAUUUGGAGUUGUGAUUGUAUUUUCCUACUGCGAUGUCGUUCUGUGUAAAUAACCAAUGUAGCUGCCCUUUGGUUUGUUGUUAGUGUUCUUUUUGUUUUCAGUCUCUGUGUGACCCACCAGUGGCAGGGGUUCCAGCCACACCUUUUUUCUUUUUUCUUUUUUUUUUUUUUUUGCAUUUGUCCAUCUGUAGGCUUGUCAGACAAAAUACAAGAUGCCCAGUUAGAUUUGAAUUUCAGGCAGGUUUUUUUUUUUAGCUCAAGUAUAUUUCAUGCAAUAUUUGACAUAUCUGUGCAUUUUUUAAAUGUUCAUUAACUUAUCUGAAAUUCAGAUUUUGACUGAUUAUCCUAGAUUUUUGUUUUAUUCAUAGUUUUUCUAAAUCUGGUAGUCCUAGCAGUUUAGUCACAAAAGGAUGCUAACUGCAUGUAAAUUCUCCAUCUUUACAGCUUUCACCUGGAAUGAAACUUUUUUUUUUUUCUUUCUUGCCUUCUACUUAUUUCUGAAAGAGGGCAUCAAGGAAUUCACCCAGCCUACGUGGUGGGUUUCUGUUGAACAUCUCUGUGAUUAUAUUUAACCUGUAAUUGUGCUUUGGCUUAAUGUCUAACUCACAGUACUUGUAAAAGAUUAAUAUUCAAUAAAAAAAAAACAUUUUAAAGUA